AUGGCUCUGGGCGAAGAAAACAUAACCUCCGCUAUGCUCUCCUCUGACGGAAAGAUCUUGGUUGUCGCGACAGCAUCCACCGUGAAGGCAUUCUCCGUUCGCCGGCGCAAGGGCGACGAAAAAGGAAUUCUACGUAUACAGAAGUUGGACCUCCCAUCCGACCUCGCGGACGAGGGAGCCCGUGUCGUUACCGUCUCCCCCGACAGCCGAUGGAUCUCUGUUAUUCGCCCGAACAGCGACAUCUACCUGGCCCGGAUUAAACCGGCUUCCUCCCCACAAGAGAAGCCUCAGGUUCUGCCUCAGCUUGUCAAUCUCAACCGAGCUAUCCGUCACAACCGUCAUGAGAAGGCUUCUCACGGCACCCUAGGCAACUACGAGCGGGCGAUUCGAUGCGUUGUCUUCUCUGACAACAGCAGAGUCCUCGCGGUUGGCGAUCUGUCGGGUUGCAUUGACUCCUGGUCAUUGGAAAGCGCAGAGGAAUCGACGGAGAGGUCCGCCUUGAAACGCAAUCGCGCUGCGGCUGACUCGGAUGACGACGCUGACUCGGAUGAUGAAGACGAGCGGCCCAUCAUUGAGGGCGAGCGCUGGCAGCUCACUGCCGCCGAGUCACCCAUUCCUCGGCUGUCGUCCGGCAUUGCCCUGCUAUCCUUCCGUCCCUCCAACCCAGCUGCAACGAAGCAACUCACCAACGGAACCGGCAAGCCGGAAAAGAGCCUCCUCAUGGCGCUCACCAGCGAGCACCAAUUAAUGGAGUUUGACGCCAUCGAGGGCAAAGUAUCAGACUGGUCCCGAAGAAACCCGAAGGCUUUCCUGCCCGCCGAGUUCCAAGGCGUCAAGGACCGCGCCAUGGGUUGUCUAUGGGACCUGAACGAAGAGCGGGAACGUCUAUGGCUAUACGGCACCUCCUGGCUUUGGAUGUUCGAUCUCAACCAGGACUUCCCGUCCUCGGAAGAGCUCGGCGCCUCCGCCGACACUCAAGAAGCCGGCACGCCUACCAAACCCCAAGCCACUCCGUCCAAGUCCUCCGCUGCGCAGCAGAACAAACGCAAGCGCGAUCCCUUCGAAGACACCACCACGGAGAGCGGCCGCAAGAAGCCCAACACCGGCGCUGGUGACCGCAUCCCCCUGGCCCAGUCCGAUGUCUACGCCGCCCCGAAGAUGCGAAAGAUCACCGGUCCCGACGACUCCUACAGCGAAUGGGUCUCUCUGGACAAAGAACGUCCUCGGAACCCCAACGACGACGAGGAUGACAACGACCACGACGACUCCUACACCUCCGCUCAGGACGCUCAGCUCGCUCGUCUCCGCCGCUCCGCCCUCCAGGACCACAACGAGGAAACCGACCCCCACACCCCUCGCAAGAAGCGUCUCUCCAUCGGCCUGAAACACAUCGUCAACUCCUUCGCUGAUACCCCCGCUCCCAAGAAGAUCGCUGACGCCGGGGCCCUCGUGGCGUCGGACCCGGCCAAAUCCCAAUCCGGUCGUCGCUGGUGGCACACGUACAAGUACCGUGACAUCAUGGGCAUCGUGCCUCUCUCUUCCUCUCUUGCAUCCUCCUCCUCCCUCGCCGAGGACGACGAUGAAUCAGACCAUGAACUUGCAGACGAUGACGCCGGGAUACUGGAAGUCGCUGUCGUGGAAAGACCAAUGUGGGACGUUGAACUACCGGGCCGUUAUGUCCGGGACUAUGAAUAG